CGGGGAAAUAACGGGUACGACACUUUUUUUUUUCCUUUCACCGCUGUGGACCCAUGGAGUUCUCACGUUCGUAAUGCUUUUUUAUUUUGCACACCUUGCAUCUGGGACUUGGGUUAUUACUGUUCAUUGAUAUAUCGCGGCGUCAAAACGGGGAACUUGAGGGACUGACUGAACUGGUUUAAGCAUUUCGGGGCCAAAGAUGGGGAAAUGCUGAAACUAUUUUGCAUCAUCAUUGUUUUUUCUUUUCUUUCGUUUUGGAUACCAGAGGGACGAGGGACUCUGAUGCUUUCACGCAUAGAGGGAAGAUGUAUUUGUAGAUUCUGUUUUGGCAAUAAGUCGGGCGGGCAUAGCAUUACUCCCGGGCAGAUGAUGGCGCCGGGGGGAAUUAACUGCUCCGUUGACUAUGGCAUAAUAGACGACGCUGAAAAGCAUUUCAUCCGAACGUCUCCUCUACUGAUUAGCGUGACAAGGAAUUGGGAUUGCUCGCUUGAAGCAGUUGAGAACUGUGAAAUUGCAUCCCAAAUUAUGUUCCUAGGACCAUUAAAGAUAGCUUCUACCUGUCAUACGUACCAUCGUCACCAUCGUCGUCCACACAAAGUAUUUAGCCACGUGAAUGCGCGGCCCACGCUAACCGCAUCCAUCCUAAAACGGCCGUCGCGACCACCACCACCACCAAACCACCACCCAACUAACCCGUCUUUCCACCCCACCACCAAACGUGACAUCUAAUCCACCAAACCACCAUCUUCCCUCAAAAAAGGAAAAACAACCACCUCAAAAUCCAAUUGUACAGAACACACCCACCACACCAAAACCACAAGGACCA